GUGCCAGUGUUCUAUAAUAUCUCUUCUCUUGUUUUCUCUAUUGCUCUCUCUCACGAUCCUAACCUCCAUUCUCAAUUCAACAAUCCUCUUCAGGUCCUAUUGGCAAUCGUGUUUUAGACCCUUUACAGCCAAUGGAGAAACUUUUGUCAUCACUCUAAUCAGUAAGCCUAUUACUAUCCAACUUUUCGCAAGAUACACCAUAAAACACCAAGUCUAUGGUUCUGAUCUCCCAGGAAAAGAUUUAUUGUUAGGCUUUGAUAUUCUCCAAAAUCUCAACAAAGUUUCCUGGCUCAAAAAAGGUUUGAAAUACAAAAAUUAUCUGUUACCCUGGACCACUUAACUAAAUCUCUUUUCCCUAGAAACUUUCUCCUCCAUUAAAAAAGUCAUAAUUCGAACUUUUUGUGCUGAAUCUCAUUCUCAGUUCCUCACCAAAUGCUCCAAUCCACUUUGAAAAAAUCCAGAUUUCUUCAAGCUAAAAUAGUUGUUCAUGGCCUCACUAGCUUACUAUGAGAUCCUCUUCGCACUUGUAUGCUUUGUUUUCCUAUAUUCCAUGUGCACCUUCGAUCGGCGCCUGCUCCAGGAGUGGCCGCUGGUUGGAAUGCUUCCGAACCUUCUAUUCAACGUCCACCGGGUUCACGAUUUCGCUACCGAUCAACUAGAACGAGCCCGAGGUACUUUACUAUUUAAAGGCCCUUCUUUCACUAACAUGAAUAUGUUGGUUACAGCUGAUCCAGCCAACGUACGCUACGUAACGAGUACCAACUUCCCAAAUUUUCCUAAAGGGCCGCAGUUCAGGAAGAUUUUUGACGUCCUGGGAGACGGGAUUUUCAAUACCGAUGGAGAUUCAUGGCAGACUCAGAGAAAACUGGCUCAACUACAUAUGGGUCAUCGAGGUUUUCAACAGUUUUUGGUAAAGAGCACCGUGGGUAAGGUGGAAAAAGGAUUGAUCCCAUAUCUGGAGCAAAUCUGCCAACCAGGUCUAGUGGUGGAUUUGCAAGAUUUGUUUCAAAGGCUUACAUUUGAUACCACAUGCAUAUUGGUUAAUGGGUACGACCCCAAUUGUCUCUCCAUCGAACUCCCUGAAGUUCCUUUUGCAAAAGCCAUGCAUGAUCUUGAGGAAACGAUUAUAACUCGCCAUGCAUUGCCUGAGUGUUUUUGGAAGUUACAGAGGUGGCUUGUGAUUGGACAAGAGAAGAAAUAUAGGGAAGCUUGGGCGACUGUAGAUCAUAUCCUAGCUAGUUAUAUAAACGAGAAGAGAGAGGAAUUGAGAUUUGGAAUCAAUUCCAAAGAAGAGGGAGAAGGGGUGGAUCUAUUGACAUCCUACUUGAAGAAUGAUGGAAUCAUGGGAGUAAAAUGUGAUGAUAAGUUCUUGAGGGACACAAUGUUGACUUUAAUGGCGGCAGGGCAGGACACUGUUAGCUCAGUUUUAACAUGGUUUCUUUGGGUUGUUUCAACACACCCAAUUGUUGAAGCAAGGGUUAGAGAAGAGCUCGAAGCAAGUAUACCAAAAGAAGGUAACAACAGGAGAAUUUUCAGUAUGGAACAAGUGAGCAAGCUAGUUUAUCUGCAUAGCGCAAUCUGUGAAUCACUGAGGCUCUUUCCACCAGUUGCAUUCGAGGAAAAGGAACCUCAUCAAUCAGACAUCCUACCUAGCGGCUAUCAGGUUCAUCCAAAACUGAGGCUACUGUUUUCUAUCUACGCAAUGGGAAGGAUGAAGUUCAUAUGGGGCGAGGAUUGCUUGGAGUUUAAGCCAGAGAGAUGGAUUACUAAGGAAGGAAUGAUCAGACACGAGCCCUCGUUCAAGUUCUUUGCAUUCAACGCAGGGCCGAGGACUUGUCUGGGGAAGGACAUGGCUUUCACUCAAAUAAAAUUGGUUGCGGCUGCUAUAAUACACAACUACCAAGUUCGCGAGGUGGAAGGACACCGUGUCUUCCCGAGUGUUUCGAUGGUUCUCAAUAUGGAGCAUGGGUUGAUGGUGAAUAUUACCAAAAGAUGGACAUGAAGUUUAAAGUAGUACUUGUCGAAUAUUGUUUAAGCUUCGGUCUUAUUUCUUUGACGCAAUAAUGUGUUUCCCUAUUUGUAUUUUCAUUGUAUUCUUCCUGAGUCUUAUUAGAACUCUAUCUUUUCCUAUGCAAUAA